UCCUAUUCCCAGUGUCUCUUUCUCUUUCUUCCAUGCCCAUUCCUCUCCAGUCUCCCGUUUCCACAUUCACACACACCUAAACACAAAUAUAACCUCUUCAUAUUCAUGCCACAACUUUUCAUUCCCCCCACAUCCUCCUUACUCCUUAGUCAUUAUUAUUACUCACUUAUUUGUACUACUACCAUCACAUUUCUUGCAUUUCCCAAACUUGGCUUUAAAAAAUUAAAUCAAAAUAAGAAGUAAGAAAUGGGUUUUGAUUUCUCUCUUCAUUAACUGCAUUAUUAGUACUUGAAGGUUAACUUUGAAUUUGAAAAAGGAUAGACUAAACUUUCUUUUUUGUGAUUUGUGAACGAUUUCUUCAGGAAAAGAAGUAACGCGUUUUCAUUUCCUGGAGUUUCUAAAUAUUCAAUAGAGAUCACCAUCUUUUUUUUAAUAUUUUCUCUUUUGGGUUUUUUUGUUGCCAUUUUUAGUUGCCUUAUAAAGUCCUUUCUUUACCUACAAGUUUCCUUUUUUAGGUUUAUCAAAGAAAAAGACAACUAUGGUACCAUCUAGGGCCAAUUAUGAUUUCCCUUCCCACCCUUCUCCAACUCGCCCAACUCGUGGGUCGACUCGUUCUUCACGGUCGUCUACUCGUUCUCCGUCGUUUAGUGGGUCUCAGUCUGACCACCGUGGAGGAAGAGGUGGAUCCCAUUAUGGCGGAGGUGGGUUUCAUCAGAGUAGGGGUGGGCAAUCUAAUAGUAGAGGUGGGUCUUUUGGAGGUAGGUCCAAGGGUUGGUGGGGUCCCAGUAGUAGUAGCGUUGAUAAUGUUACAAACCCAAAUCCAAUUGAGGAUGUAUGUGAAAAAUUUGAUGAACUUGAAGUUAUCGAAGAAAGCAAAGAACUCGGGGAAAGUUUUGGUAUUUAUAAAAAUUCUAAUAUGAUUAACUUUGAUGCAUAUGAUGAUAUACCAGUAGAAGUAAGUGGGCAGAAUGUACCAAAAUGUGCAACUUCAUUUGCUGAGAUUGAUUUGGGGAAAGCCUUAAAUGAGAAUAUAAAGAGGUGCAAGUAUGUUAAGCCUACACCAAUACAAUGUCAUGCAAUUCCUAUUGCAUUAGCAGGUAGGGAUUUAAUGGCUUGUGCUCAAACUGGGUCUGGAAAAACAGCUGCAUUUUGUUUUCCUAUUAUUGCUGGGAUUUUGAAAAAAAAUUCUCCACAACGGCAGCCAUUAAUCAGAGAUGGUGGUGGAUUUGGUAGUAGGAUGUUUAGUCCUGUUGCACUUAUCAUGUCUCCUACUAGAGAGCUGGCUUCUCAGAUUCAUGAUGAGGCCAUCAAGUUUGCUUACCAAACAGGAGUGAAGGUGGCUGUCGCAUAUGGAGGAACUCCUAUGGGAGAUCAGCUACGCAGAUUGGCAAAAGGCGUUGAUAUACUUGUCGCUACACCAGGGCGCCUAGUUGACAUGGUCGAGAGGGGAAAAGUGUCUCUUUGUAUGGUUAGAUAUUUGGCUCUAGAUGAGGCAGAUAGAAUGCUGGAUAUGGGUUUUGAGCCUCAAAUCCGUAAGAUUGUACAGCAGAUGAAUAUGCCUCAACCAGGUUCAAGACAGACGAUGCUUUUUAGUGCCACAUUUCCCACCGAGAUCCAGAGGCUAGCAACUGAUUUCCUCUCAAACUACAUAUUUCUGGCUGUUGGAAAAGUUGGUUCAAGCACUGAUCUGAUUGAACAAAAAGUGGAGUUUGUUGAUGAUUUUGACAAGAGAAGGUAUUUGAAGGAUAUACUUAUGUCUGAAAAGUCGAGCGGGGCUAAUGGAAAGCAUCCUUUGACCAUUGUUUUCGUCGAAACUAAAAGGGGAGCUGAUGAUCUUGCUAACUGGCUAUCCCGCAGUGGUUUUCCAGCGACAGCAAUUCAUGGUGACAAAGUGCAGUGGGAGAGAGAAAGCGUGUUGAGAUCCUUUAAGAGUGGAGAUACUCCAAUCAUCGUUGCAACUGAUGUUGCAGCACGAGGUCUCGAUAUUCCAUCAGUGGCUCAUGUAAUCAACUUUGACAUGCCGCGAGACAUCGACGAUUAUGUUCAUCGCAUAGGACGAACAGGGCGUGCGGGUAAGUCAGGUUUCGCAACUGCUUUCUUUAACGACAAGAACCAGCCAAUCUCCAGAGCACUUGUUGAGCUUAUGGAGGACAAUCACCAAGAAGUCCCUUCAUGGCUCACCGAGUGUGCCGAGACACCUUCUUAUGGAAAUGGCAGUGGCAGAAGUCGUCGUUCUCGAGGUGGAAACUUUGGUGGCCGUGAUUAUCGUAAAUUUGAACAAAGUUCUAACAAUUACUCCUCUACUGGUGAAUAUUCAAGCGCUGAAACUUUUGCUGAUAGUACUACAUCUGAGGCAGUUGAUCCUUAUUCUUCUCCGACAUAUGGUCUUACUCAUGGAUACGAGUCGAUUGUGGCCACUGGCUGGGAUUGAUCAUUGUGAUAUUCUAUCUUUUGGCACGCUCCUAAGACUUUUAUAUGCCUUUUGUUGUGAUGGAUAUAGGAUGUAAAUGCAACUUUUUGCAUGGAAGCCUCUUCUAAACCAACUACUAGACAUACAAAUUAACUUCAGAUUUUUGGGUGGUGCACAAAAGUGGAGGUUUUUGUGUAGAAUGGUAUAUCUGUGCUUAUCAUGGUUCAGAAAAACUUUUGGUGUAGUGGGAAGCCUAAUCAAGGCCAUCAGUACUUUUGUUGAACUUCCUUAACUGGUUUGGACUACAAUAAUAAUGGUAGCAUUGAUGC